GAGAAAUACAAAGGUUGACUUUACAAGCAUGGAAGGGCUAGAACUUUUGGGACCAGAGGAAUACUGGGAAAAAAACUUUCUUUUAAGUGAAAACAUACCCUGGUCAGAGUGAGUGAGAAAUUUAAUUAGAGAAGAUUUCAUUCAUUACAAUUACAAGAAUAAUAAGAAUAAUAAAGGCUUUUUAUAACUCAUCUAGUUGUAUUAUUUAAUCUAAUAAUUUUAUUUAGUAAGAUAAAAACUACACAAUUUCUUAUAAAAACUAGGAUGAAAUUUUUUUUUUUUUUGAUAAGUGCAAAAAUACCAUUUGUGUUUGCUAUUCUGACAAACUUAUAAAAAUCUUCCAAUUUGUUACACACAAUCCUGUUUAUAUUUGUGCACAAAAUACUCUUUGUUGAAAAAUUAUUUGUUUAAUUUUUAAAACAAAAACAUUUGAAUGACCCAUUCAAAGAAAAUUAUCGUUGAAUACCGGUACUCCAAGGAACUAAACAGGUUUUGUUAAAAUUCAAAUAGUUUGAUGACCCUCAGUGAUUUAUCUUAUUGCUACCUUGAAGGCCCUGGUGGCAAAAGUAAUGAAUUCCAUUUUGAUUGGUUUGGAGAAAAAUUAGUUUAAACUUUUGUAUGUCACUUUGAAAUAUUUAAUAUAUUUAUUUAUGAUUAAAUCUUUUCAUUUCCAUUUGAACAAUAUUGAGUAAGAGGAAUGAUGAAGGGGAAGAAAUUAAAUAUAUAAAGCUGGUCUUAAGUCAUUUAAACAAAAUACAACUUACAUACUUUUACCACUAAGUCUUUUAACAUUUCUUUGUUCAAAUGUCAAAGUCUUGGGUUUAAAGAAAAAUUAGAGAUUGAUUCUGCCUUGUUGGCAAUUUUUGUCCAUGUAUCAUAACUCAUAGAUCAAAGAAAUCAAAUAUUUCAUAGGAUGUGCCACUGAGUGCACUCAGUAUUUAUUGCUGAAGAAAAUUAUGAAUACUUAUACCCGGAGUCGGUUGUAGUCAAAAAUUUGUUUUUGUGAUUUCCAGGUUUGUCCAGCAUUUUAAAACAGAUUUCCAGGAGGGUUUGAACAAAAUAUUGAAACCGGAGGAACAAGAUUGGCUAUUCACUGUGUUGAAAAGUGAGAUGGAGGCAGAUGAAAAUUUUGUUCUGCAGAAACUGAAUUUUCUGAGUAAGCUUGAUUAAAACUAAAUGCAUUAAUAAACCUUGCUAGUAAAAUACAAUAUCUUUGAAUUCAGUUCAUGUAUGAUUUAUGAUGUCUCUUCUACUCAUACAAAAUUAAGGGCAAGCUAAAUGCUCUUAUUUAUUAAACACUCUCAGUCAUCCUUCUUGCUAUGUGGACAGAAUCAUUAAAAUUCAAAAUAUCAUUAAAAAUGAAUGUCCAUGAAAUAAACUCGCACUCAAAAUAACCAUUGAUACAGGUCACAAAAGCGGGAAAAAUGUCAAUAGCUUCAAAAAUCUUGACAACAAUGGAGACUGCUUGGUUGUGGUAUGAAUGAGGAUUAUAAUGAACAGGAAAACGUAGCAACAUUAAAUAGCAAUUUCAAUGGAAAAGAAAGCCUAAAUGUUUUGAAAUGAAAUGCCAUAGAGGGGUUAUCAGACACCAUGUGUGGAAUAAUGAUCCAAUUGAGAUAUUUGAGAAUAAAAAUGGAGGGUAUUUACAGGGAAGGGAGAAUGGGCACCCAUGACCACAGUGGACAUAAAUCUGCUGCACGUGACACAGUAAGGACGGCUGCCAUAAAAUCGAUUGGCUUAAAAAUGGUCAGUGAGGAAAAUGCUCAACAGAGGAUAUUUCAGGUUGAAGAGGGUUUCUCCCUCACCCCAUCCCCCAAUCAGCAUCUUUCUGUUCUUUUCUUUUACCAGUUUCAAUAAAAAUUUAUUAAUAUUUGGCUAGUAAAGAUUAUGUUUAUUUAGAGUAGGUAAAUGUUUUUGUUCUUUUAGAUAAAACAAAACAACUUUUUAGAAACUUUUUAAUUGAUUGGAAAGUCAGUUAGUUAUAAUUGUAAUUACUAGUUUGAGAUUCAACUAUUUUGGUUCAAUAAAAACAUAUGACGUCAUUUAUUAUGUAAACAAACUGUUUGCUUCAGAUUUUUAUUGAAUUGUGUCCCAUUGCAGCUUUUUGCAAAGUUGAGGGUGAAUACUGUCCUAUCUGGCAACGUGUGAAAGAUCAGGCCAGUGAAAGCUGGUCAAUCAAGGAAGUCUUUGACAUGAAUUCAUCAGUAAGGGUGGAUGCCAUUGAGAACUUGGGUAAAAUUAUUUUAUUUUUCUCCAGGAAAGCAAUGGGUUAAUAUAAUAUGUUUUCUUAUUGAAACAUUUACUUUUAUUUUUUUUGAACUAAGAUAGAUUUCAAGUUCUUUUUAAAAGUUCACAGACCUUUCAUUAUCCUUAGCCUUUGCUUUAUGCCCUAUCAUUAAGAGAUCCUUUUUUUCUUCAUUUUUAAAAAUUUGUUAAACUGCUUAAAGACAUGGACUAAAAGGCAAUUGACAUUAGAUUGCAUUUUAAAAUGUUCCAAGUUGUCCAAGGAAAGAUAAAGAAACAGUUUAAAACUGCUGAAAUUCUUCUCAUGUCAAUGCCUUGUAAAUGCAGGUUGACAGGGAAAAGUAAUGACAAAACAAGAACCCUGUCACCGUAAAAAAAAAGUGUUUAUUGAAAGAUAUGACAGAUUUUGAGCGAAGCAGGACUUUUUGGUGCUGCCGUUUUGGCGCGAUCGUUUUGGCAAAGGACAUUUUGGCGCCAUUUAAAAAUAACUUUUUUAUUUAACUUAAUGUUUAUAAACUUUUAAUAAAGAGAAUGCAAAAUAUAUAAAUUAAGAAACGUUUAAAAAUAAAUUUUUAUUGAACUUAACGUUUAUAAACUUUUAAUAAAGAGAAUGCAAAAUAUAUAAAUUAAGAAACGUUGAACGAGUUACUAUCUGAUCUAAACUUAUCGAACACAUAACAGUAUCCUUCGUGAUUCAACUUUUCUUUACCACACUUCGACGUAACAUUUUCCAUUUUACUGGAAUAACAGAAUUAUAAUGUGUGAUAUAUUUAUGAAACUCUACUUACCUUACGAUUUUAGUCUAGAACACUCUUGCACUUUCAUAAAUGUGAAGCGCACGCAUGAUUAGGCAGGAAUGGUAAAUAAUGGCUUAGGCCAUCUGUGCGCCAAAAUGACCUGCGCCAAAACGGCUCUGCAUCAAAACGGUCGUGCCAAACCGGUGGCGCCAAAACGUCAAAACAUACCGGAUUUUGAGUACCCAGGGAGCAAUGCUACAACAGAUGACCAUUGUGGUAAAUUUCUGCAAAGCAAGAAUUUUGAUUGUUCACACCCAUAUUGAGCUCAACAAACCUGAUGAGAAUCCACGCUGAGGCCAGAAUUAACUAAAAGCAGUGUCUUAAGUUAUCCUGUAUAUGGAUAUGAGUACUUUAUGAGCACUAGUGCAUCAGAAAGGAAGCUGGAAGAAUUGGAGGAAACUUCUGGCCAAAGUUUAUCUCCAAUGAAGAACUGAGAGGCUAUUUUGGAGUGACCACCCAUGGAGGAGAACCAUGUAGGCAUACCACUGAAGAUGGUUAGCUGAUAUCUUUAGAAAUCCACCAAUCACACUUUCCAGGGCAGCACUCACAGCAACAGCCCCCGCAAAUAAAACUACGUAGACCCAAAGAUAGAAAAUACGGCACAAAAUAGAAAGCUCCCCCUGCUGACAGAUCCCACAGAGUAGACAGAAGUGGCCACCUUUGGGUAUGGGUGCAUGAGGACUGAAUGGUGAUCAUUUAAUAACUAAAAAAUAUGUCUCUGUUCCCAGGAAAGUUUCGUAGUCCAGCAGUGAUUGAUGCGCUCUGUGAUCUGCUGUCUGACCAAGAUGCCAACGCCAGAGCUGUGGCAGCUAUAUCCCUGGCACGUACCAAUGCCACUGACCCUGUCACGGCAAAGAGUUUAAUGAAGAUCCUGAAUGACAAGGACAGGUUGGUCAGGGAGGCGGGGUGUUUAGCACUGGGUCAUCUUCGUGUCAAGCAAGCGGUCAAUAAAUUGUUAAAACUGUGGUAAGUAAAAUUGGGGACAAAUAUGAAAACCAGUUUAAAAAAUUAUAGUGCUGAGGAUUUACAGAGACUUUAAGAUCAAGGAUCAUAAAUGGCUAACAAAAUUAUACACAUUUACCAAAACUGUUACUAAUACUAAAUAUACACAACAUAAAUUCAAAAUCCAUUAUAGAAAAAUCAAAGCUAAAAUUAAGUAGAGCGUUCAUGUGUGUGGGAGGGGCGCAGGCUUGUUCAUUAAAAUUGUUAAUGGUUUUACUAAUCAGCGUUAAUUAAAAGUUCAAAACUAAAGCUGUAAAUGUUAAAGUAAGCAUCUUAAGUCAUGCAAUGUAUCUAAAAAUAGUAAGGCUACUGAUCAAAUGGUGAACUUGCCGCUUGGGCUAAUGCAAAAAAUACUUGUGAUUUCCUUAAAGAAAACAAGAUUAGUUUGUGACCUUUGAUUCUAUAAGACAGGAAAAAGGGGAAGGAAUUAUGGUGCUAAAAAAAUAUGAAUGUGGAUAAGAAUAAAUUAAAAUGAAUAAAAUUAGAUUGAUAUAGUUUUAUUAAUUAAGAACUGUAUUUAUAUAUCUAUAAUGCUCACAAUUUGAAAAUGUUCAGGUGUACAAUAUUGCUCUGAUUAAACUUCAUUGCCAUAAAGAAUUUACCUUACCAGUAAAGAGACAAGAUAAAAGGGGAUAUGUACACAAUUUUUUAGUCAAAAUAACCAAAGUUAGUUAAUCUCGUGUAAUGAAUAGUCUGACAUUUAAGAAAUCAUUCGAUUCUAUUUCAAAGUUAUUUAAUUCCCAGUAAUGAACAGGGACAUCUAAUAAAGCAUCCGAUUCUGUUUCACAGGAGGAAUGAUGUCAUAUCCCAUGUAAGGGAGGCAGCCAGUGUUGCUCUGAAUCAGAUCGGGGGCCCGGAAGUUGAGAAGGCGAUGAGGGUAACAAAAGUGUUGGCUGAUGAAAUCAGGCAGCUCACGCGUUCAUAACUGGAACAGCAAUAGGAUUUUAAGAUUGCUGAGAUCCUAUGCAAAGUGUAGCACUACGUCACGCAGUACAUGAAGUAAAUGCUUUUGGCAUCAGGAGUAAACAGCUUAUAUUUUGGUCUGGAGCAUUUCUUUAGAAUUAUCCUUAAUCCUUUUUAAAACUAAUGAUACAAGUGUUGGACAUUGAUAAAGUUUUCCAUACCUUUCCAAUACACCAUUCAUAUUUUUAAAAAGUGUUAUUCAGAAAUGUACAAAGUGCAUCACAUGAAUGCGAAAAGUGGAUUCUAAAUUACAGUGCAACAUAUUGGGAAGGUUGAUGUAUUUUUAUAUUGGCAAAUACAGCAAUGUAUUUUUUUUUAGGAUAUUAUAAUGUAAUUGUUAGCUUAAUAGAGCUGCCAAAAUUAUUGACCAUUUCAUAUUCAUGUUUUAAACUUCCAGUGCUUACAAAGAUGAAAUUUUUAGCAAUUGGUAAUUAAAACUGCCAUUCAGCUCCUGUAUACAAGGAUGGUGUAUGAAAUUUAUAUUAAGCAUAACCUUAUAUGUUAAGAAAUCUGGUUCUGAAUGUAAUGUUUAAAAAUUUGAUGUAUCUGAUGAUUCAAUUUAGUUAUUAAGUCUUUGUUGAGUCAGAGUAAGUUGUUGUGCCUUAAAAUCAUAAGAAUCACAGUAUUAACACAAAGGCCAGUCAGAGUAAAUUGUGUCUUAAAAUCAUAAGAAUCACAGAACUAACACAAAGGCCAGUCAGAGUAAAUUGUGCCUUAAAAUCAUAAGAAUCACAGAACUAACACAAAGACCAGUCAGAGUAAAUUGUGCCUUAAAAUCAUAAGAAUCACAGUAUUAACACAAAGACCAGUCAGAGUAAAUUGUGCCUUAAAAUCAUAAGAAUCACAGUAUUAACACAAAGACCAGUCAGAGUAAAUUGUGCCUUAAAAUCAUAAGAAUCACAGUACUGACACAAAGACCAGUCAAAGUAAAUUGUUGUGCCUUAACAUCAUAAAAAUCUCAGUACUGACACAAAGGCUUACUGACAUAGUCCUAAUCAAGGAGCUAUGUGUAUCAGUACAAUUGAUUAUGAUAAGGAAUGGUCGUCCCAUUCAGUUAAUUAAUUCCUUUUAUUUGGAAAAAGAAAAUUGCAGUAAAAUUUUGUAAAAAAACUUUCAAAUGAGAGUUGCAUGUAUCUUUAAUCUGUCUGAGACUUGUACUAAUUCCCAAGUGAAGCACAAUCUGCCGAUUGAUUGGGGAAAACUUUGAAAAUUUGAGGUAUAAACUCCCAGGUCUCUCCUGUAAUCAGUAUUGAUAAAUAAUUCAAUAAAUCAGUUGCAAAAAAUUUUGUGCUAAAAUAAAACUUUUUUUUUAUUUAUCCAAUUUCUUUCCAUUUCGCUUUCAAAAUGUGUUCUCUGACCUUGAUCUUUGAUGACCUUGAUCUUUGAUGACCUUGAUCUUUGAUUAUGAUAUUUAAAACUUCUUACAAAGCUGAAUUUUAAACACUCAUGAAAUGGCUUUAUUUUGUCUUGUUGAAUAUUUUAAAAAUUGAAAGGUGAUCUCAUCAUACAUUGAAUAAACCGUUUUUUUUCCAGAAGCCACAGUAGCAAGAAGAUUCUGCAGUUUGGAGAAAAAUAACUAUUUAACCUGAGGAUAAACUGUCACGAUAACAACAAAUUUUGUUCAUUCUACUAAACCAUAAGCAAAUAAGCAUUUUCAUAAAAAGAAGUAUUAGAAUUUUAUAAAUUACUGCACAUUUUGCUGAAGAAUAUAUAUUUGAGUAGAGGCUCAUUAUUUAACAUUUUCUUAAACGUAGAUCACUUGUUUUUUAAUUAUUGUUUUUUUUAUAUAUAUAUACAUUUAUUGAUGGUCACUUGUGAUAUGAAAAAAAAAAUUUAUAUUUAAUCUGUUACAUAUACAUACAUAUAUGAGUUGUAAGUUUAGGUGUAUCUUCUAUUUCCAAAUACUAAAUUUUGCUUGACUAAAAACAUACUGUAUACAUUCAUUCAUGGUUUUUGCUCAUUAAUUAUUAAUGCUCUUGUAAUAAUAACAAGUGUAAAAGAAAAGAUGUUAUACUGCUCCAUGACAUUUUUACCUCUUUUAACAUCAGCUCAAUUUUAAAAUUCUUAUCAAGGAUUUAUAUUGUUACUUCAUUCAUUAAUUUAAUCAGAUUUCUAACCUCUUCAGACAAGUAUUAAAUACUCCAUCUAAAAAAUAAGCAAACCCAUUUUUACCCAACAAGGGAAGCAACUGUGUUUAUAGCUAAAAUCGAUAAAGUUCAACUCAUGAAAACAGUGGUAAAUUUUGAAGGGUAAUGUUGCUAUAAUAUAACAUGUUUUUAUACGGUAUUAAAAUAUAUUUGUUGUAACUUGUGACCAAAAAAAACUAUUUUCAUUUAAACUGUGAUUAUUUAUUUAUUGGUAUGGAUAUAUAACAUAUCAUUUGUAAGUUUAUAUUUAUCUUCUAUUUAAAAUAAAGAAUUUUACCUCUG